CUCCGUGUGUUUUGUGUGUGUGUGUGUGUGUGUGUGUGUGUGUGUGUUGUACUGUCCGUGUGUCAUGUGCGUGUGUUCUUAUUUAUUUUCUGUUGUUUGUAUCUUGUGUUACUUUAAAUUUGUGUUGAAAACGUUUAAACUACCUGAUGAGAGAACGAUUCUGAAACAUGCAGUGGAUCUACAAUAUUUUGGAAUUGUUUGACAAGGGACGGACAAGGGCUAAGAUGGAGAGUCUCCUGGUCGCGGUGGCGGUGAUGGCGGUCGCCCAAGCCAACCCUGAAGCCAAGCGUCUGUACGACGACCUGCUCAGUAAUUACAACCGGCUGAUUCGUCCCGUCGGCAACAACUCGGACCGGCUCACUGUCAAGAUGGGGCUCAGGCUCUCCCAGCUUAUAGAUGUGAACUUGAAGAACCAGAUAAUGACGACGAACGUAUGGGUGGAACAGGAAUGGAACGACUACAAGCUCAAAUGGAACCCCGACGAGUACGGGGGAGUAGACACCUUGCACGUGCCUUCUGAACACAUCUGGCUGCCGGACAUCGUCCUCUACAACAAUGCCGACGGUAACUAUGAGGUGACGAUCAUGACCAAGGCUAUUCUACACCACACGGGAAAGGUGGUCUGGAAGCCCCCCGCCAUCUACAAGUCCUUCUGUGAGAUCGACGUAGAGUACUUCCCCUUUGACGAGCAGACCUGCUUCAUGAAGUUCGGCUCCUGGACGUACGAUGGUUACCACGUGGACUUGAGACACAUCAUGCAGUCGCCCGACUCGGACACAAUAGACGUCGGUAUCGACCUGCAAGACUACUACCUGUCCGUGGAGUGGGACAUCAUGAGAGUCCCGGCCGUCAGGAACGAGAAGUUCUACAGCUGCUGUGAAGAGCCGUACCCUGACAUCAUCUUCAACAUCACCUUGCGUAGGAAGACUCUCUUCUAUACGGUGAAUCUGAUAAUACCUUGCGUGGGGAUCUCCUUCCUCUCGGUGCUGGUGUUCUACUUGCCUUCCGACUCCGGGGAGAAGGUCUCUCUCUGCAUCUCCAUCCUACUCUCUCUCACCGUGUUCUUCCUGCUGCUCGCCGAGAUCAUCCCUCCCACCUCCCUCACCGUCCCGCUCUUGGGGAAGUACCUCCUGUUCACCAUGGUCCUGGUGACGUUGUCAGUCGUCGUCACCAUCGCCGUUCUCAACGUCAACUUCCGGUCCCCCGUGACGCACCGCAUGCGGCCGUGGGUGCACCGGCUGUUCAUCCAAGUCCUGCCCAAGGUGCUGCUCAUCGACAGGCCGAAGUCGGAAGACUCUGUGGACGAAGACGACGAGGACAAACCCCCAGACGGGAUCCUCACAGGUGUGUUCGAUGUCCCCGCGGAGAUCGACAAGUAUCUCGGGUACGGCGGGAAGCGGUUCAGUGCCGACUACGAUAUCCCCGCCCUGCCCCCCUCGCGGUACGACGGGGGCGGUGUGGUCCCCUGCUUCGGCGAACCUCCCCUCCCCCUACCCCUGCCGAGUGCUGACGACGACCUCUUCAGCCCCGGCUGUGUCGCCGCCAUCUGCCCGGGUGGAGACGGCAGCCCCACCUUCGAGAAGCCCAUAACCAUGGAGAAGACUAUAGAGGAUGCUAAAUUUAUUGCUCAACAUGUCAAGAAUAAAGACAAAUUUGAAAACGUGAUAGAAGACUGGAAGUAUGUCGCGAUGGUUCUGGACCGAUUGUUUCUCUGGGUGUUCACGCUGGCCUGUGUGAUGGGCACAGCACUCAUCAUACUCCAGGCGCCCUCCCUCUACGACACCACCAAGCCCAUCGACAUCCUCUACUCCAAGAUUGCCAAGAAGAAGAUGCUCAUGAUGAUGGGACCGGAGGACGAUUGAACUCGCAGCUCGACACGUGUGUUCCUUGUGUUGCAGUUUCCUGUGGAAGCUAUGCUAUCUGAAGCUCGCUCGACUCUACUUUCUGUUUUGUUCCUGUUUAGAUCGGUUUCAGCAGAAUAAAAUCUGAGGGAUUUCUUGCUGGGUCUUCAGCCGCUCGACUGUAGGAUCAGCUGUGAUGAAACAGAUGAUCAAACACCGGUGCCAUGACUGAACCAUUUUUAAAAUUUGUCUCAUUAUAGGAGUAGAAAUCAGAAGAAGUAGCUAGAAGUAACUCUUAGCUACAUUCAAAAAUAAGUUAAGAUGGGAAAAUUCUAUAAUUCUAUAAAUUAUUGAAUUAUUUUUAUUGCUUUUUCUCAGUAAAUUACAUUUUGUAGAGAGUGAAAUUUGUCAAAAUACAAAUCAAUGAUUAUAAUUUUAAGAAAAUAUUUUUAUAAAUUAAAAACUACUGUUUUGUAAUCCAAUUCAGUAUUUGGAGAACAUUAUUUAAACCAACACAUCAAAAAGAAAAAUUAAGAAAACAUUCCACUCACAACUCGUGUAGUGCCGUGGGCAAUACUCGUGUGGGUAAUAUGAGGAUUACGAAGGUCAUGGCAUUCAAGGUAUUACACAACAGGUGUAUUUUACAAACUGUCACGUCUCUUUAAUUAUUAGAUGUUACGUAUUCUGUAACAAUGUGCUGUUUAUUGUUAUAAUAUUAUUUUUCUCAACUUUAUGUCUUAUUUUAUGAAGCUUCAGAUAGUAUUGUUAAUGUAAGUCAAAUUGUUGUGUUCAAUCCAUUUCCAGACUCCAAAUAAUAUACGUGAAACCACAAUAAUCUUCUAGAAACAUUAAAGUGCAAUAGUACGUAUUCCAGUAUUAUUAUUUUCGCAAUGUACAUUCAAAACUAAUAGUAAUUCAUUAUAGGACUCUUUUAGUUUAAAUUCUUAUUGUAAACUACAUCGUAUAUAAAGUUUAGAACUUCGUGAAACCAAAUGAAAACUUUAUGAUUAAUUAUUGCACGGUUUAUAAAACGUUGGUUUUGCAAACCACUAUUAGUAUUGUCAUAAACCAUGAGUUGACAUUUGAAAAUUUAUUGCAGCGUUCUACGCCGUAACUUAAUAAAUCAAAUAUUACAAUUUUAUAUGACCACUCAGAUUAUUAAAACUUUGUAAGGGGUGAAAGUUAGUUUAUUACAACAAUCGACAAUCAAUGGUGGAGCUUCAUAGCCCAUAAAAACUUUGUUGGGUUAUAACUUUGCCUCACCCCUCCCUACGGUUUAUGUCCGUGUACGUUAUCUCAAUAGGAAACACAAAUUCUCUCCGACUUCACCAAAACAGUGUUACCAACAUUGCGGAUUGCGCUCAUCGGCCGGACUCCAGGCUGGAAAUGGAUUGACCGGCAUACAAGACGUAUUAAGGUAGACUCGGUUUCCAAAAGUCGAUUUGGAAACGAAAUUUUAGUAAACGACAAAGGUAAGAACGUUUUUUUAGGUCUAAACUAAAAAUGGGUUGUUACUUAGGUGCUAUUAUAAAAUGUAUAGGUUUAUGCUCAUCGAAACGUAGAGAAAUUUAGGUACAAAAGAGAUUUAACCAGUUUUAUAAAUUUGUACAAAAAUUAAAAUCUCAGUCGGUCAGUAGACAUCUUAAAGCGUUCUGGCAAAAUCCCUUACCAGCAGUCUUCCUUCGUAUCACUGACUUUUGUAAAUACCUGUAAAUAGUUAAUUACACUUAUAUAAAUUUUGUGAACAAUGUAUAAAACUAAAUAAUUUUCCGUAUAAAAUUGUUCUACAGCCACGUUAGGACCGUUGGGGGGUUUGUUAUGUGUGGAGUUUUGUCUUCUCGAAUCAUCUGAACCCAAAUUGUUGUACUAGUCGUAAAUCAGCUAUUUAAAUCCCAAUGCUAGAAUAACACAUGAACAUAAAAGUCUUGAAAAAUAAAUAUAAAAAACUAUGGACAUCAAUAUUGUUGAUUUUAAAAAUAGAACAAAAAUUUCUAAUCCACAGGUCAGUUUAUGUUCGAUAUAUCUUGCGUACAGACCGACAGACAGACAUGAAAAUUUUCCAUAUCCUCGAGUGAAAAGUUUUGCAUCGCUUAGCUAACUAGCGAGAUUGUAAAUUGCUAUUGAUUAACAAGCGUGCUUUUAUGACAAUAGAAAUUACUUUCGGAAUACUUUUUGCUUUAUGGAACUAAAAUAUUGAACCAUUCACUUUUACAUCAGGAUAAGGAAAUUCCACUUUGGGAAUUGUACAUAGCGAUCAAGUACCAUCAUCAGUACUCUAAGAACCAGCCGAUUAGUCCUGACACAAAGCGGUAUCCUCUUUUUGACAAAGUUGCGAUGCUCGUGCAUGAUCAGACACUACCCAUCCUGAACCCAAGUGUUUUGCUGUACCUAGUGCGGGUUCAACUAGAAGUUAUAAACAAGCCAGAGUUCAAACCUCUCGGAAGGAAAUAAUACCUUGGUCUCCUGAAGACAUCGAAUUAAAAUACAACACAAACUAGGCUAUAUAAAUAUGAUAUCAAAUUAACUCACAAAGAUCUUGUCUUUUAAAACCAAAUAGCAUUGAAAGAACUACCUACUGUACUGCUUCACCUUUUUAUCUCGGUACAAAAAAAGCUCUUCAAAAAGUUUGAAGACAGUUUUCUCGCUGCUUUGACUGACGUCAAGUUCCUACAAGCGCCGGGCGGGAACCCGCUCUCAACACAGUUUGUUCAGCAUACUUUGUGAAACUUUGAUGAAAGAGAAAUUUGGAUUUAAGCAAGUUUCUUUCAUGUGUACAACCUCAAACUGCUUUCUAAUGUGGCUGUAGUACUAUCUGUUGAGAGAAAGCUUGACGUACGUUGUUGUGAUAUGUUGUUAUACCCUACGGGAGGCGACCGUAUCAAAAUACUCUAAAGAUAACAGUGUAUGUACUCUAAACUCGUUUAUUAUUUGCUGUUAUAUAAAAUAUUACAAACUCUUUAGCAUUUUAUUUGUAUGAAUAUGAAACACUAUAACUCACUCGAAAGUUGCUGACGAGUAAGAAUAAUGCUAGUUAUAAUAUUAACAAUUGUAAUUUUCAUUUUCUUUCCUAAUAACCAUUCAAAGAUAAUUUUAAUUUAAAAUUAACUAGUUUACAAACACAGAAGUUAAUAGAUUUUUUACCUAUACACACACUUUGUUGUAAGAAUUAAACAAAUCUAAUAAAAUAUGAAACAGGCGAAUAAGCUAAACAGUUUACAAAAGUACGGCUUUAAAGUAUAAACACCAUUCUCUUAUCUUAUAGUACUUUGAUAUCCAGUUUGUAAAUGUACAUAUAUUUAUCAUUGAAAAGUAAAACCGUUUUACUGUUAAAAGUAAUAAAAUAAAUAUUAUGUAGUAGAUUGUGAUAAAAAUUAUGUUUCCAAUGUGGUUUUCAAAUAAACAGUUUAAAUUUCACAUUCUUUAACCUAACUAGUUGUUGAAUUUUUCAAAUCAUUGUAUUUGUAUAUUAUAAAGGUAAACUAUUUGAGGGAUAAAUUUUUCUAAUGUAUGUUAUAACUCUAUGUGGCUUCCUGUUCUUAUUUUUGUUAUGUUUAGGGUACUGAAUGAGUGGUUACGAAAUAAAAAGAUGUAGAAGGAUGUAGAAUGCGUUUGUUACAGUAACAUAGUUUUGUUCCUUUCAUGGAAAAAUAUAAAAUGCCUGUUUACUCUGUUAUUAUAGUUGGUAUUAAAGCUUCCUGUUGUUUAUUAAAAUUGUGCAGAGUGAUUACUAAAAGUGUUUUUAAAAUAACAAGUAAGUAAUCAAAAUUAGUAAACUACAGACAAAUCUGUAUUUAAACCGAAUGGGGCACCACAGUUUGAUAAAUUCGUCUAAAUCAGUGUUAAGUAAUUAUAUUUAAAACUGCAUUAAAUCUGAAUAAUCUAUUACAAAGAAUAAUGAAAAAUAUCACAUUAAUUUAAUUGUACGUAUGAAUUUGAUUAGCGAAUUCAUGUAUGGAAAAUAACUCAACCCACGGGAAGCUAUGGCAGGUCUCUCACCCAUAGCAAGACCCAAGCCUAGUGGACAAAAUGUGUACAAACUCGACCCUAUAGAAGAUAUAUUUAGUCUUUUUACAAUAUAUUGGACCUAUAUAGAACCAUGCCUCGGGUUGCAGUUUUAACCACUUUCCUUGAAUGAUUCAUAAAUUAGGAAUAUCCAAAGAAGAAAGGAAUAUUUAGAAGAAUUUAUUUAUAAAAACUGCUUCUAAAAUCUCGUAACAAAUAUCAUUAAAACAAAAGAAACUAUACAAAUAAUUAAUCCGUUUGGUGGCAAUUAAACUUAAAUUCAUUGAGAAAUAUUUAAGGUAAACUCUGUAUUUAAAAUACCAAUUCAUUAUCGUGAGUUUCAUACUAUGAACUUGUCACUUUUUCUUAACUCAAACAAAACAGCAAUAUCGUAUUAUAUUGAGCAAAAUAAUAAAUGCAAUUAAUUUUUACAGCUAUCUCCUUUCUAAAAUCUAUCAAAUCUUUAGGAGACCAGUAUUGCUUAUUGGCAUGUAUGUUUGUGAAUCUCGUAUUACUACUUCUGGAAUACAAACAAACUAUUUAAAAACUAAAUUAAUGUCUUAUUGUCUAAGCCUAUAAAAUAUUUAAAAUUUAUAAAAUGUUAAGUUAAUCUGUUGUGGCGAAAACUAAUCUUUUCCAAAUUUUGAUUAUUAGCAGCCCAUACGUUCUAUAGCAUUCUACUAAUAAACCGCUUACUUAUAUUAUGCUUUUCGAUUAGUACUUUUUUAGUAUUCUAAUAAUAUAAAAAAGUAUCUAACAAUAUUUUUAUCUUACAUAAACAUACCAUUCUUAUAAUUAAGAGUGUUUAUAUUAUUAUAUGAAUUUAAACUGUUACUAAAAAUUCAUUAUACAGUGAACUGAAAGUACUUUAAAAUUGUAUUCAAAUUUGAUAAUUUCAAAAUAUUUCCCCUUAAAACGUGUUUUGGUUGAGGAUAUUCCAAAAAUAACUUUCCAACAUAAAUCCUUCCAUAGUUGCCAAGCUUAAAAAGGUAUUUUCAUUGCCUUAUACAAUAUGUAUAAUAAAUUAGAAAUAAAUAUAAACUAAAAUUUUAAAUAUAAUUUUAACAACAAAACAUUAGUAAUUGGCUUAAUUGUUUAAAAUGUUCAAACCAUAUCCGAGAUUGUCUUGUGGUGUCCCACAAAUAAACUAAAAUUUUGCUAAUUAUCCUAAUAAUAAGAGUCUGGUUUAUGCAAGGCAGUUUUAUUAGUGUGUAUAGAAAAAUUAACAGAGACGUUAAAUGUUGAAACGAGUUAAAAUACAGUAGCUUUAAAUUGGUCAAAUUAAAUUUUAUACUGAAUAAAUUUCCAAUAUAGUAAAGUUAUUACAAGAACAUUUGUAUCGAGUCUCUCUAUAGUUAUCAGGUUUACUCAAAAGAGCCUUGAAGUAUUAAAACAUCCUAAAUAUCGUUAGUUAGUUCCUCCUACAAUUGGAAUAUAAAUAUAAACUAGUUAACUAUUUCAGCAGGUUUCAGAUAAACCGCUAUAGAAGAAAACCAUUAAAUCGAGAGACACCAACAUUUAAAAGCUGGCUGUACAGCUGAUCAUUUUUUUAAAUGUAACAUCUUCCAUAAAUCUAUGAGUAAAAAAGACAUGAAAGUAUUGGAAGUUGUUCUUAUGCGUUAAACUCGAAAUUCGUCAACUACAGCCAGCUUUUAACAGGAUGUUAUCUCCUAUUUUUACAUUAAGAUUAAAUUACCACCGUAUAAAAAAUUGCUGAGUAAUUCGGCAAACUAAUUCUAUUUUGAAACAGAAGAUUCAGAAGAAAACGUCUUUGAAUAAACCAGAUAAUCGAAAUUAAACUAGAUUUAUGAAAAACAGAUCACAAUGAAUCCUAAUAGAGGUUGUGAACAAAUUCUUUGAGAAGUUUGUAAAACUUGUAGAGUAAAGUAGUGUAGGAGUACAGAUACUGUAAGUGAGUUGUUAUAAUACUAUUCCAGACAAUCAACGAGUCAACAUCAGGAGCAGUUCUUUUGUUUCGUCUCACCUGUAAGACUAAAGGAUUAAAUAUCAUUGUUGGCCAAAUUACGAA